GACACACAUGUACAAUUCGCUGAUCGAGCUUUUUGUAUAUGUGUGCAUCCACAUUGUUUCCCCGACGCUUUUUAGAUUUAUUAGAAUUUAAAGUCAGUAGUGCAUAACGGCUAGCAUAAAUAACACUUAUGUAUUGUGAAGAGUAAUAAAGCAGUUGAAGGAAAGGUUUUAUUAUUUGGGGCAACCUACGGGGGCAAAGGCACUACUCAACAUUGGUGACCCCCGACAAAGAACAACAAGAAAUUAUAACAAUAAAAUUAUUUUGAAGACAAUUAAUUGGAAGAAUUCAAGAUUUAAAAAUGACGAUGCCUACAUCGAACCUUGGAGUGAUGCCGUCGGCAGAAGCUUUCGCCAUUACAGUUUCGUCUCGGAUACCAGAUUUUUGGGUGGACCAGCCGCGUGUGUGGUUUUAUCGGGUGGAAGCAAUUUUGGCCCCGCAGAAAUUAAGUGACGAAAGCAAAUUCGACUUAGUCAUAUCUAAGUUACCGAAAGACGUAAUAGUACAAAUCACAGAUUUUUUAGAAAAACCCCCGGACACAGACAAAUUGCAAAAAUUAAAAAAUAAACUCUUAACGUUAUUCGAAGAUUCCAAAAACCGACAAAUAGAAAAACUUAUUGGAGAGAUGGAGUUGGGGGACCAGAAACCCUCCCAACUAUUGAACCGGAUGCGUGACCUGGCCAGAGACAAAAUACCAGACGAUACACUUCGAGUUUUGUGGCAAGGUCAUCUGCCACCUACAAUUAAGGCCGUCCUAGUGGUCGCUGAAACGAAAGACCUUAACAGCCUAGCAGUGAUCGCCGAUAACGUCGCAGAAGCCACACGUUCCAAUCAGGUGGCGGAGGUGAGACACGGGAGUUCCAGCCACGAAGGCGUCGAGGUAGCCACCCUUGCAGCGGAAUUGGCGAAAAUCAACGUGCGUCUUUCAAACAUCGAGCGCUCACGAUCACGAGCGGUACACCGGCGACCCAGAACACCGUCACGCAAUUUUCGAGAGUCUUCAAGGUCAUCUUCGAAGCGACGUCGUCCCGGCGCACCUGACUGGUUGUGCAGCUACCACUUCAGGUUCCGGCAGCGCGCUCACAAGUGCAUCCCGCCGUGCGCGUGGAAGAGAAGCCCCAGCCCCAGCGCAGCAGCCGCCCAGCCGGAAAACUAGCGAGGCAGGUGCAGACUACGGCGGAGGUCUGUACCAUCACGCCGUGCAGCCGUCUCAUGGUAACAGAUUUAAAUACUAACUUAAAAUUUUUAGUAGAUACCGGUGCCAAUGUCUCCGUUUUAC